AUGGCAACUCAAACACGUAAUAAAGGAAUAACACUGGAGGAAUGGGAAUCAAAAACCCAACUUACAGAAAUACAAAAGCAGAGUGUGCUGGAGCUUCAAGAAGCUUGUGCAGAAUUACCAUUGCCUGACGGU